AUGGACUCGAUUAACUUCAACAUUAAAGUGCCGCUGCUGGAGAAGGCGGCAACAAACGUGAAGGACAUAAUUUCUCACAUUAGGCUGAACGACGGAGUGUACUUCGACCGCAGCAAAUACAACAAGGAAGAAAUUUUGAACGACCUAAGAAGUAACAACGUGCAGAAGAAGGUAGAGGGGGUGAAGCGUCUACUCAUCGCCCAUGCGAUGAAGGAAGACGUCUCUGAAUUCUACGUGGAGGUUUCCAAUAAUUUGUCAAAUAAUAAUCGUACCUUGAAAAAGCUCAUCUAUAAUUACUUGUCUCUCUAUGCCGAUAGGAAUACUGAGCUGAGCAUGCUUACCGUGAACUCUUUUAAGAAGGAUAUUGUGUGUAAGGAUUUCCAAAUCCGUGCGUAUGCCUUGAGGGCCAUGUGCUCCUGUCGGUCCAUCGAGAUGAUUAGCGUUGUCAUGGAUUCACUUAAAAUAAUGGCAAAGGAUCGAUCUCCCUACGUUAGAAAAACCGCCGCCGAUGUGGUUCCUUCUAUUUAUAAUGUGGAUCCGGAUCAGUUGGUUUUUUUGCGAAACAUUUUGCUAGACCUGAUUGGUGACAGGGAAGUCACCGUCGUGUCUGCCGCCGUGGCUUCCUUCUACACCAUGUGCUUGGGGGUUCUUCCACAUUGGGGUGAGACCACUCACGAUGAGUUGGCUCCAGAUCCGGGGGGCAUAACAAGGGGGAAAAAAGUCGAUCAGGAGAAAUUCCCCCCGAAUCGAAGUACUGAUGAAGACAUAACUCCCACCAAGGAGGAAACCCCCCUCAGUGGGGUGCACCGCAAGAAUCUUCACAAAUGGCUCUCCUUCCUUCACCCGCACUAUUACAAGCUCUGCAAGUACCUACUGAUCAUGCACCCCUUCCACCAGACCUACCUAAUCGACCUACUCCUUCGAUACUGCAGGAUGUUUUACCGAGACCCCCUCAAAAAUGAUAAUAUAAAUUUUAAGCAACUUCUUCGCGUGUUCGGUUGUUCCGAUUGGGGUAACACUGAGGAGGGGAAUAAAUGGAACAGUCAUCUUGGGGAGGAUUCAGAUUCCCCCACUGUGGAGUUCACUCCGCGUGGGAGAAGCCCCUCCCCGUAUCACGCCCAUUACUGCACGGACGACGAUUGGAACGACGAACAGGAGCAGAACCAAUACGAAGUGGACAUAGAGCUGUUCAUCGAAAAGUUGCUUCUCCUGUUGUCCUCCUGUAGUUACAACGUAGUUAUACAAUCUAUCUCAUCUUUGUACCACCUGACAAAAUUCACCUUCAAGGAAAAUAUGGUCCAAGCCAUUAUAUCGUGUAUUAUGAGAAGUUCCGUCGAAGGGAAUGAUCACAUGUAUGCUCUUUUCAUAAAAAGCGUGCAGCCUAUUAUAAUCUCCUUAAGAAGAGACUUCGCUGCUUACCUCUCCUUCUUCUACGUCAGCUCCAUAGACAGUACCGUCAAAAAAAAAAUAAAAAUAGACAUGCUUUACCUACUAAGUAAUGAGGAGAACAGGCCAACCAUUCUGGAGGAGCUGCUGCAUGCUCUCUUUCAACCAGGAAACGAUGACCUCAUCGUGAAGAAGCUUUUCAGACACAUCACUGCAGUGGCUGUGGUGGAUUCGUCUUGUCUUUCCACAGUCAUGCAACACUUCAUUGCCCUCCUAAAUUCGAAUCUGCAAUUGUAUUCCUAUGAGGCCAUCCUCUCGUUAAGACAGUUACUGAGGCAGAGUGACGCAGAACAUAUCAGCCAAAUUAUUUUUUUCUUAACCCGCAUUUUUUUUACCAUUGAAUCGAUGGAAGUUCAGGCGUCCGUGUUGUGGACGUUGGCCAAGUAUCAGAACUUCACGGACCAUUUGUUGCUUUUCGAUUUUGCACGCAUGUUGGUGAAACGGUUCGAUAACAUGGAGGGGGCGCUGAAGGUCCAGGUGCUCCAUUUCGUGCUCAAGGUGUGGGCCUACCAGUAUGCCAGUUGCUUCCUUCACGGGGGUGACACCACGGUAGGUGAUGAACACAUCUUGGAAAGAUCCGCCGCAACGACGAGCAUCUACCAAGAGCAGCACAGCAAUGUUGCAGACGGAACGAACAACCAGGUGGUGCACCACUUGGAGGAGUUUGCCAAGUAUGAGCGUCUAUGCAGGUUGGCCCUUCUCCAGGGGUCACGUCCUCAGGAACGUUUUGACAUCCAGGAGAUGAGUAAAUUCUACACCAACGUCAUGCUGAGGAUAAAGGAAUUAGCAAACAAAGGUGAUCUGAAUUGGACCUUUUGGCAGAGGGACCUCUACAAAGAACCAGUCAGUGAAUACACCCUGCCUCUGUGUUACUUGAAGCACGUUCUGCUCACCACCGGCAAUGGAGAUCCUUCUAAUGUGCUGCGUCUCAGUAAGGAGGAAAUGCAGCAUGUGAGCAACUCUCCCUUUGGGACGCCUCAGGGGGAAGAGGACGAUGGUGAAGGAGACUACCACUUCGACUUGCAUCACAACUGCCCCGAUGGGGAGGCCCCAAUUGACCUGAAGGAUCCAGUUGUCCUGCAGCUGAAUACCAUCUCCAGCAUCCUCAAUAGAAGACUCCCCUCCUACGUGGAUUUACCCGACUUUGCGGAAGAAGAUUUACCCAAAAGUGCACACAUAACAAAGGGGGGAAAAACAAACCCCCCCGUGACAAGCAUCUCUUCGAGGGAUGUACAGAUCAGCUACAGUCCCCACUUGAGCAGUGAUCAAAUUUUUUCCAACGUGGACGAUUUUUACAGGGAGGAGGAGGUCAAUCUGAUCAACGGGAAGAUGGGCUGCACACAAAACACGCUGCGGAAUGCACACAAACCGAUGCUGCAACGAACGAACGGACUGCUAACCAACAGGGGGACCAAAAUUCAGGGCGAGGACGACGAGUCGGAUGAUGAGCAGAAUGACGUCCCCCCCGAAGUACGUCAUAAUAGUGCGGAUACAUACCCAGGGGAGUGCAUCUCCGCCACCAAUUUUUCCAAAAUAGACGAACAGCAAAUAAAUGACAUAGAAAAGUUCUUCUUCAGUGAUGAGGAAGAUUUUGAGCGGGCCGAAUGA